AUGAAAUUUUCAAUUUUAAUUCCAAUUGCUUCUGUUAUUUCAAUCGUUUCUGCUUCUCCAGCACCAGCAGUAACUGCCCCACCAAAUCCAUCAUCAACAGGAGUCAACCCAUGGGCAACAUAUCCCUCAGUAGCUAAAACAGCAUCAAUUAAUGGAUUUGCUGAUAAAAUUUAUGAUCAAUUACCAUCAUGUGCUCAACCAUGUGUUAAAAAAGAUACCAAAGUUACUCCAUGUCCAUAUUGGGAUACUGGUUGUUUAUGUGUUAUGCCAAAUUUUGCUGGUCCAAUUGGUGAAUGUAUUGCUUCUAAUUGUAUAGGUAAUGAAGUUAAAAUUGCAACUUCUUUAGCUACUUCUAUUUGUUCAAGUGCUGGUGUUUGGGAUCCUUAUUGGAUGAUUCCUCCUUCUGUUUCUUCAACCUUGUCUGUUGCUGCUGCUACUCAAUAA